GCCGCGUCGGCCCGAGCCGCCCCGGGUGGCGCGCUGGCCCCGCGCGCCGGGCGCGCGGGGGCGCCCCGGGGCCAAGCGCGGCGGGCCUGCCUCGGAGCCUCGCCUCGGCCCGCGCCCCGGCCAGCAUGGACGAGGCGCUGCUGCAGCGGUGCGCCCUGCCCAGCGCCGCGCUGGGCGUGGGCCUCGGGCUGCUGCUCUGCGGGCGGACCGAGACGGCGGGCCGGCUGCUGUGCUUCCUCGGGGCGCAGACGGGCAUGAUGUUCUACAUGAAGGAGGUGCUGGCGAACCAGGCGAUCUCCGAGGGGAGGAGCGGCUUCCCGGCGGCAUUUGCGGUGACCGGACUCCAGCAGCUCACCGGAUUUGUGCUGAUGGUGGCGUGGAUGGUUUUGUCCAGAUGUACGCCCUACCAGUACGUCCCAAAAAGGCUGACAUCGCGGACGGACUAUUUAGCGGUCCUCCUCUUCUCCUGUGCGCUCAACGCGAACAUCGCCCUGAACAACUACAGCAUGGCCCUGAUACCCAUCUCGGUGAAUCUCAUCAUCCGGUCGUGUUUCCCGCUGCCCACCUUCCUCGCUCAGAAGCUGGUGAGCUGGUGCACCAAGGACGGGAAGUCCCAGGACUCCAGCUUGGUGGAGCUGUCACUCAUGCUGUUCGGGUGCUUCUGCGCCUGUGUCGCCGUUGUUGCGAAGACGCAGUCCUCAGGCACCCUCGCCAGCGAGUCCAGGAACCUGGCCUGGGGCGUGACGGUGUGCGUGGCCUCCUGCUUCGCAGGCUCCGCGAACCUUGUUCUGGCUGGCCUCAUGGGCAGCACGCUGAAGCUGGACGAGUUCGAUACCGUUAUCUACACGGCACUACCCGCCGUGGUGCUUUUGCUGCCCGCCAUGUCCGUGCCGCACUUUGUGAUUUGGGGGGAGGACGGGGCCAUGCUUACCGACUGGGAGGUCCUCGCGGAGGUCUGGGACGCCAACCGGGGCGUCGUGUUCCUGGCCCUCCUGUCGGGCGUCUUCGCCCUCGGGUUCAACCUGCUCAAGUACGGCAUCGUGCAGCGGCUGUCGGCCACGCACACAGCCUUCGCCGGCAACUUCAACAAGGCGGUCACGAUCGUCCUCGCCAUGGGGCUGGGCCUCGAGCCGUACCCGACAGACGGCUGGGGCUGGCUGAUGGUGGCGUCGUACAUAGGCAACAUCGGGGCCUUCACGGGCUACAACUUCGCGAAGCUCCAGCUUCUCCAGCCCUCCAGCUCCAGGGAGGAGGACCUGGGCAGCCCUCUGGACUCCGACGAGAAAGAGCCGCUGCACCGCCGCGAGAGCACCGCGGACGACCUGGAGGAGAAGCACAGCUCCUCCGAGGACGACGAGUGGGAGUCGCAGGCCAUGGUCCCAGCGGACGGCGGCUGCCUCUGCUCCUUCGUGGGCGGCGGCCCGCCGAAGGCGGCCGUCAUCGAGAGCUACAGCGGCCCCGCGGCGCAGCCGCUCACCCGGGGCCCUGGGCACGCUGCGAGGUGUGGCGGCUUCGGGGGCUCCGCAGUCAACCCGUGACGGCACUGGCCCGUGGCCCGCGCGGGCGCGGCUUGCGCCGCGCGGUGCCCUGCGGCGAGCGGGCGGGCGAGCGCCGGGUGGCAGCCCCACUGGCGCGGCGGGCCGCCCCGCCCCUGGCCCCCGACGAAAAGAGGGCCGGCGCUGGGGGGGGCGCCCCUGCGCUCUUCGGCCACGUGCUCGGCACGAUCGUUGGUCAGCAGAGGAAGAGGUGCCCGGGAAGGAAUUCGAGGCGCGGGGCGCUGCUUCUUCGGAGCGAGGGCCAAGCCCCACAGGAGGAUCGAGAACGCUCAGAAGCCUCGCCGGAGAUCUGCCCUCCGUGUCUGGCCCCGGGGAGCCCGCGCCGCUGGGCUCCUCACAGGGAGCCCCCGCCGCCUGGCCGCCUUCGGGCGCCGUGCGCGGCUUCCCGGAGCCCGGCGGCCGCACGGAGGCGCCGGCCCCUGGCGGUCGCAAGGAGGCUCAGAUCUCGGGCUGUGCUGGCGCGCCGUGCUCCGCGGUGCCUCGCCGCGGAGCGGCCAGGGCGGCCGUGCCGUGGGGGAGGGCGAGGCUCGUCCGAGGAGCAGGAGGUAGUGAUAGAAGCGGCGGAGGGCGAGGAGGGGCGCUACUACGUUUUGCCGAAGUGCGGUGCGUUCGGGGCUCGGAGAGCAUUGCUACUCUCCUGUGCUCUUCGUGCGCAGAAGCUCCUUUGGUCCUUUUGUUGUUAUGCGUCCUCUAAUCUUCCGGCCAGGCAAGAUCACAUAGCCUUUUCGUUGCCACACGCUGCAAUUGUGUCUUCAGCGCUACCCAGUGUGCCGCGCCCCCCACCUCUCCCUGUCUAGCUGCCUGUAUGGCCCCUGGCUCUUCGCCCUCAUCCCGACUCGUGCACGAUAAUCGUGUGACAGUAGUCGCAGACGUUUUCAUCUGAGCGCCGCUUCCAUCGCGUGGUCAUACCAAAAUCGGCGCAGACAUGAACUCUCGGAGCUCCAAGCGUUUGUGCUUGUGCCAUUUUUGUUCCCACCUGUGCGGCGGCCGUCACCAGCGCUGUCUUCGCGAACGAAACAGCGCAUCAUGUGUUCGCUUUGGUUUUUCCUCCGCCAGCUCUCGGAGCGCGUAGAGCUGCCCCGCCCGUCGUUGUAGGACCCUCGUCUCGCUGCGUUUCACCGAGGCACCAUUGACCGCCCAUGAAACGUCUUUAAUGAAGGCGGAGGAGCAGGAUAUACCGGGGCUCGAGGGCUCGGAAGGACCCUGACCGCCUCGGUUGUCGCCUGCGGGGCGACCUCGCGGCUGCCGUACCACAAGCGCCCGCGGGCUCGUGAACAACCACGCUGGAUCAGCCGUGUAAUAACGAUCUCCUAGACCACACCAGCCAUCCUCCUCUUCCUCCUCGAUCCCCCUCGAUCCUCGCCUGGCCAGGCCAGUGCGCCCGUGCCGCUAGAAGCCACUAGUGCGUUAUCGCCGCGAGGACGUGCGACGCUGCCCGCCUCCUCUUUCGUCGGUUGGCGGGUUCGCCAGGGGAGGG